CGGCUCCGCUCUGUCAUUCGGAGCCGUCUCAAAAAUGGCGAAUAGUGUGUGCUUGAGCAAAUUGAAAAUUUUACAUGAAUUUUCCGCAAGAUUGAAAAGUCCUGGAGGUGCGGAUGUGAUGCUGAGGCAUCUCAAGUACAAUGGGAUGAUUGGCUACGGUGCCGGAAGUCAAGUGCGCCAUUCGAGUUUUAGAUCGUCGCCGCAGUUCGGGCACAUUGACGAUCAUCCACCAGUGGAAAUUGCAAAGAAUCCACCCGAAUGGAAAUUCGUUGAGCGUCUCCUGGGCCCCGCUACGGUGCCAGCACCCAAAGCCCAAGCUCAUUACCCCUCUGGAUGGCGACCACAGCAAAUAGAUGCUGCACAGCGUGAUUAUUUCAUUGCUCGCACGCGAAAUCAUAUGAUACCCGUUUAUUUGGAGAGUAAAUUCCGCGGUAGCAAGAAAGUCACUGUGGUCAGGAAGAUUGAGGGGGAUAUUUGGAAGUUGGAGGAGGAGUUGAGGGGGGUAAUUGAGAAGGCAGCAGGCAGGAAAAUCAUUUCUCGAAUAAAUGAAAUGAGUGGACAAAUUGAAUUCACAGGGGCCUACGUAAAUAUUAUUACGGAAUACCUUAUGGAUAAAGGAUACUAAUAAAGGGAAUGUCCUUAGUCGUAGAAUUUAUUCCAUUAAUGUCCUUUAAUAAUGAUAGAAAAUAUUGUUUUUGCAAUAAAUUGAGAAAAUUUCUGAGAAAAAAA